GUUAAUUAAUGGAAAAGUACCGUAGAACAGUUCUACGGUUUCGGCUUAAAAAAUCUGUGCAGUAUCGUUUACCAUGGUAAGCUAGCAAUUGCUAAUGCAUGGUCGGCGCCUGAAACUUGACCAUAAUUCAAAGUUUAAUCCUAUUUCGGGCGCCACGCAGCUACGGGCGGGCGGCUGCCGCGCUGUACUUCUCGAGCUCUCACACGCAGAUCGACUAUAUAUAUUUCCCCACCGCCCGGGCGGAACACCUUCGCUGCCACAGCAAACAAAGACAGCCUGUGAAGCAGCCACACAUACAAGCAAACGUUAGUGUGAGCAUGCCUACUCUGAACGGCGGGGGCGGGUCCUGCUCACAGGGCGUCGUGGUGUCCCUCGUGUCGGCGCUCGUCUUCUGCGUCCUCGUCGCCACCGUCAGCGCCUGGAAGGCGUUCGCGUUCACAGGCCUGGCGCUGGCCGCCUUGGUCGCCCUCGAGUGCCUCGCGCCCGACAGUUGGCGCGACGGGCGGAUGGGCGGCGCGGGCGCCGCCGCCGCCGAGGGCGUGGCUUGGGCCGCAUCCCGGCUCGGCGGGCUCGGGAAGGCCGGGAUCGAGUCGCUGCCCACGUUCGCGUACGCAUCCCGUCGCCCCGUGGCCGGUGGCGACCUCGAGUGCGGGGGCGCCCAGGCCCAGACGUGCUCCGUGUGCCUGGAAGAUCUCGGCGACGGCGAGAUGGUGCGGCAGCUGCCGACGUGCAAGCACCUCUUCCAUGUCGGGUGCAUUGACAUGUGGCUGCACUCGCACACCACUUGCCCUCUCUGCCGUUGCGACCUCUCGCCACAGCGGACGUGUAACGGCAAGGUGACAGCUGUAGGGAUCGAACCGCCUGUUGCUUAGCCCCGUAUACAGACAGGACAGUUUUGUGAACGUCAAAUAAAGUUUGUUUAGGGCUCGUGUUUCAGGCUGCCCGCCGGUGGUAGGUGGUACUACUAACAUGUUUUGUCCUGUUCAUAAGUAGUGACAGAUCCGACUCUUGAAAUAUAAGAUGAGCCUUGCGCCGUCUAACAAUUUCGGAGACUUUUAAGGGGUCAUGUUGGUUAAUUGACUAGGUGGUCAGAAGUUUAGUAACACCACAGAUUUGAACGAAGAGUUGGACAUGAGGGUGUCUCUUUCA